AUGUUGCAAGUUGCACAUUAUAUCAGUACUUUUUUUCAUUUAUUCAUGAAAAGUUUUCGUAGUAAUCCUGGUUUUCAAGAAAAAGCUCUUAAGUUAGUUAAAACGGAGAUUCUUAAACGGCAACCAACAAUACUAUCUACUACAUAUACAACUACCACUCCAUCACCUGUUCAUGCAAAUUCACUUGAUUCUCAAUCGACAACAUCAAAAGGUUCUCUUUCAUACUGUUUUGAUAUACCAUAA